UCUCACUCUUGCCACCUCGGUUUAUAGCAGGGGACACCUCCCCAUAGUCGCGCAGUGAGCGGUGUGGAGAGACAUCAGCCGGUCAGCGAGGCUCCCCUCUGCGCUGCCUCUGUCCUGCCUCUGCCUUUCUAUAUUCUUUGGCGUUACUUUGCUUUAAGGACUAUUUUCCUUCAUUAUUUGAUUAUCGCGAGAGUCAGUGGAGUCAGUGCGCCCUGAACAGCGCAGCUGAGCCAAAGAGGGGAGAGGAGAAAGGAAGGGACACUCAGGGCUUGUUCUCUUGUUCUUGCUCCUCUGCCACUUUCGCCCUUCCACAGAGGACUGUGUGGACCCUGGAGAGGCGAUGAUGGAGGGUCUCCAGCUGCUGUAUCUUCUAGCUUUCCUUCUGAUACAUGGUGGCCACCAAGCCUGGAGCGCAGGCAGCGAUGAGCAGCAAAUUCCAGCAGAAAAGCUGCUGGUCCUGACUGUGGCCACACAAGAGACGGAUGGCUUUCUCCGCUUCAUGCAGUCAGCGAAAUACUUCAACUACACUGUGAAAGUGUUGGGGAUGGGUGAGGAAUGGAAGGGAGGCGAUGUAGGACGCACCAUUGGUGGAGGUCAGAAGGUCCGACUACUCAAGGACGCCAUGGAGGAUCUGGCUGGCCAAGAAAAUUUAGUGGUCCUCUUUGUGGACAGUUAUGAUCUUAUCUUUGCGGGAGCACCGGAGGAGCUCCUGAGGAAGUUCCAACAGGCCAAUCAUAAGGUGUUGUUUGCCGCAGAGGGUGUGAUUUGGCCAGAUUCACGGCUGUCAGAGAAGUACCCCUACGUCCGCAGCGGGAAGCGCUUCCUCAACUCUGGAGGCUUUAUCGGCUACGCCCCAUACAUAAACAAGCUGGUGAAGCAGUGGAACCUGCAUGACAACGAUGACGACCAGCUCUUCUACACCAAGAUCUACUUGGACCCCCUGCAGAGGGAGAGCCUUAAUAUGACUCUGGACCACAAGUGCCAGAUAUUCCAGAAUCUAAAUGGAGCAGUGGAUGAAGUCUUGAUGAAGUUCAGCACAGAUCGAGUUCGAGUCAGAAACACCGUCUACGACAGUCUUCCCGUGAUCAUUCAUGGCAACAUAAACACCAAAAUCUAUUUGAAUUACUUGGCCAACUACGUCCCGAAUGCCUGGACCUACGAGCGAGGCUGUGAUGUGUGUGACCAAGACAUGGUGGAUUUGUCUCAACUCGCAGAAUUCCCGCAAGUGAGAGUCGGGGUGUUUAUCGAGCAGCCCACCCCAUUCCUGCCAGAAUUUCUCCAACGGCUCCUGACCCUGGAUUAUCCCAAAAAUAAACUGGACGUGUUCAUUCAUAACAAUGAGGUUUACCACGAGAAGCACUUGCAGGCUUUUUGGGAGGAGAACAAGAACGUGUUCCGCAGUUUCAAAGUCGUUGGCCCGGAGGAGGACUUGAGCCAAGGGGAGGCUAGGAACCUGGGCAUGGAUCUGUGUCGGAGGGAUCCGGAGUGUGACUACUACUUCAGCAUCGACGCAGACGUCAUGCUCACCAACAGGCAGACACUGAAGCUUCUCAUGGAGCAGAACAGAAAAAUAAUUGGUCCUCUUGUCACCCGCCAUGGAAAACUGUGGUCUAACUUCUGGGGGGCUCUGAGCUUGGAUGGCUACUACGCCCGAUCCGAGGACUACAUCGAGAUUGUGCAAGGAAAGCGAGUCGGUGUGUGGAAUAUUCCGUACAUGGCCCAUAUAUACCUCGUUAAAGGUGAGGCGUUGAGGAAUGAGCUGAAAGACAGGAAUAUGUUUGUCCUGGAGAAGCUGGAUCCUGACAUGGCUCUGUGUAAAAAGACCAGGGAACUGACAAUACAGAGAGAGAAAGACUCUCCUUCUCCGGAAUCAUUCCAUAUGCUCAGAGCCCCAAAGGGCGUUUUCAUGUAUGUUACGAACCGUCACGAGUUUGGAAGGCUUAUUUCUACAGCCAAUUACAAUACCUCCCAUUUUAACAAUGACUUAUGGCAGAUAUUCGAGAACCCAGUGGAUUGGAGGGAGAAGUAUAUCCAUCCCAACUACACACAGAUCUUUACAGAGAACCAUCUGGAACAGCCAUGUCCCGACGUAUUCUGGUUUCCCGUGCUUUCGGAGAGGGCUUGCGAUGAGCUGGUGGAGGAGAUGGAGCACUACGGGUCGUGGUCUGGUGGAAAGCAUGAGGACAAACGCAUCACUGGCGGCUAUGAGAGCGUCCCCACCGACGAUAUCCACAUGAGACAGAUCGAUUACGACAAGGAGUGGCUGCACUUCCUCCGAGAGUUCAUCUCACCUGUCACUCUGAAGGUUUUCUCCGGAUAUUACACCAAGGGCUAUGCUGUCAUGAACUUUGUGGUGAAGUACACUCCUUCCAGACAGGCCUACCUGAGGCCUCACCAUGACUCAUCCACGUUCACCAUCAACAUAGCGCUGAAUCAAAAAGGAACAGAUUUCCAGGGUGGAGGCUGUCGAUUCCACAGGUAUAACUGCUCUAUAGAGUCACCAAGGAAAGGCUGGAGUUUCAUGCAUCCAGGACGGCUAACCCACCUUCAUGAAGGACUACCCACCACCAACGGCACACGUUACAUCGCAGUGUCUUUCGUCGACCCUUAACUUCCCUCUUUGGCUAGGAAAGUGUUACAUUCUGUGUGUGUACAUGUGUGCGUGUGUGUGUUCUGUGCUGUUUGUUUUGUUGACUUUUUGUUUGUUUCGAGUCAGUGUUUUUGGUUUGUGUCUUUUGUGGCUUUUACUACUGCGCGAAGGGAAAACGAGUUCAAUGGAUGGUCACAAAAGGUUUGUGGGGGAGUUUCGUACCCACAUGCACACAAGUCAAUCACAUACACUCCUGCACACACAUACAUACAUACAUACAUACAUACAUACCUAAGAACAAACAGCUACAGUAAUUAGCAUUAUAUGCUUUGGAAAAUCAACACUGCAGGGAAAGAUUUUCUCCACUGUAUUAUCAAUACAAUCAGGUCAAACCAUAAAGUCUAUUCAAUCUAUUGUCAUAUUGAUUGUGCAGAAGAGAAAACACCUGCAGGUGUAGUACACAACGGUGCUGUUUUAGUGUGAUAUCCUGAGAUUUUAUUUUUUUUUUUUGUAAUGACAAACGUUUUUGUUGUUUGUUUCUACCCAAGAAAAAUACAGUACUGUGCAAAAGUGCAAAGCCACCCAUCCUUGAUGUAUCAAACGGCCAACAAAAUGGCCAUUAAGCGCGAUAAGGCGUUAAGCUAUUCAUUUUUCUGGAGAAAGAUAAGCUUAUCCACUUAAGUAAGUAAAUGGAGAGUCAAUGAAAAAUAAUUGAAAAAUUGUGUCUGUCUGCCCUGCGAUGGACUGGCGACCUGUCCAGGGUGUAUCCUGCCUUCCACCCGAUGACCGCUGGGAUAGGCUCCCUGAGGGAGAAGCAGCUUAGAAAAUGGAUGGAUGGAUGGAUGGAUGGAGUUUCCAAAACUGAAGUUGAUUCAAAAAUGAUAAAGGUGCAGAGAAAGUCCUAAAUUCCUAAGUUUGCAAGACCUGUACACCAUCAUAACGCCCCCGUCUGGACUUUGGGGUGGUCAGUCCAUUGUUCUGCGAACACCUCCACUUCUGUGUUUAUCUCCUUUUCUCAGUGAGGUUCUUCUUGAACAGCUACACAUCCUUUCAGACCUAUAGCGCUGAGUGGUCUUCUCACAGUGGAAGGAUGGACAGUAACACCUGUGGAUGUUUUCAGAUCUGAAG